AUGACCGCAUAUCCCAUGGAUGAAAGUGGUAUACUACCAAACUUCAAUGACUUUAGGAAUAAACUAGUUGAAUUGUUGCAGUCUCGGAGUGCAGUAGAAGAUUUGACACUUCUGCAGGGGUUUCUUCAGUUAGUACACUCUAAAACUCAAAACUGGUGGAAUGUAUACUUAGAUCCUAAGAAGCAGUCCGCGACGACUCCAAAUCUGCUUGAUUUGAUAUGGAAGGAGAUUCAUUAUCCAAUAUUCAAAUGGUUCCAGCAAUGGAAGUCGCAUUUGUUGAAAACUUUUGAGGGCAAGUCGUCUCAGGAGAGAAAGUACAUUGAGUUCCGCAAGAUGAAUUCCAAGUUUAACAAGGUGUUCAAGAUCAUUCACAAGUUCUACUACAGCAAUAUUGAGUUGUUAUUUGAUCGGUUUGAUUUCAAGAAAGUUCUCUCACAUAGCGUCAUGUCGGAACUAAACAUUACGAAAGUUCCUGAGAACCGGUUAGUAUUGGACGAUUCUGCAUACUUUACUAUUUUUUGCGUAAUGUCUUUGCAAAGGUGCUUACUCUAUUUGGGAUGCUGUCACCGAUACAAGUGUAUUAAUGGUAGGAUUUCUAAAAAUGUCCAGGUUUCAGAUUUUUCAAAAUCUAUGCGAUACUUUAGGAUUGCAACAUUGAUUGUGCCAUCUGUUGGGGAGACGUAUUUACAAAAGGGGCUUGUGUAUGUACAGACGGCAAAUUACGGUCAUGCAGUGUAUGAAUUUAUGAGGAGCUCUCUUUCAAGGAUGCCUACAGAUGCAGGUGUGCCCAAUUUGAAUAGUAUCGUCGCCGAUCCGAAUAGCAGUUUGUUUAUUAAGUUUCAAGAAACAUUGAAAGAUUUACGGUUGAAAGAACGCGAUAACAACAAGAUUAUUAAUCGGGAGGUUCUUGAAUUCUAUUUUUUGGCAUGGUUUGCUUCUCUUUAUGCCCCAGAAAACUGGAAUGAUAAGACCAUCGUCGAUAUUGGGCAUUGCCGUGAUCUAGUUCUAGAGAAGGUUAGCACCCGCUAUAUUAAAAACAUUGAGCUAUUAUUUCAGAACGUUUUAAUGACCAUUGGUGGGUUUGAACUUUUGAUCAAGAAAGUGAGAACUUCCAAUAAGUCAAAGAAGAUUCCGUCUAGUUGCAUAAAAUAUCUGGAAUCAGCAUUUAAGUUUUUCAGUCAUAUACUCGAUACUGUCGUGGCUAAAGAAUGGCAAAACUUUGGCACUUGGGAGUAUUUGGCUAUGGUUCGUGUUAUUUGUGUUUGGCUUAAGAAUCAUCCUGUUGUGUUAAAGUUUGGCCAUCGACACCUGCCAUUCUGCAAAGCUUUAGCAGAAUUAGUGAAUGCUAUUGUCUCCAAUGAGAAAUAUAAAGAUAAAGUUUUAGUCGAUCAUAAGCCGAAAAGAGAAUACUUUUUUGAAGAGGACAUUAUGGUCCGUGAUUUCUCUGCAAUUGGUCACACUUUAAGCGACUUUAAUGAUAUGAAUUUAUUCCAGAUGGAAAAGUUGCCCGAAAGAUUAGUUGGUGCAGUGGAUAAUAAAUUGUCAUCUGAAAAAGAAGGGUUAUUAAAAUUAAGUGUCAUUGUGUCCGUUGCCAAAAAAUUCUUGGCACACAAUGGUGUUGGUAUCAAAUGGGAAGAAAGCGUUUCCCUUUUCCAACUAGGCACCAAUGGAUUGAAGGUAGUUUCCCCAGAAACUGCUAACUCUAAUAGGCACAGGGAUCAAUAUUCUAAAUCAGUGGAUGGGAAGAAUGUUAAAAAGUCUAAAGUAAAACGUUCUGAUAAGAAAUCUGUGUCUAUAGAUGAAUUAGAAGCUAAAUUAAUUGAAAGCAGAGGACAAAAGAGCCAAGGAGAGAAUGCAACUAGAGUUUAUAGUGGCUGUUCAGUACCUGCUGCUCCAAUGAGCUUUAAUGUCACUCCUUCAGCACAUCUCUACCAAGAUAGUACUGGCGCAGCUCCUUUAACUGCAGAACUCUCUGAUUCACCGCUAGCGCAAAAUGAAUCUCGUCUAGCCGAUACCAAUAACAAUCAAGAUAUUCCAGUGGAAGUUACAUCAAAUACAGAAGGCCUAUCUACUCAACCAAUAUUGCUGCAGCCGCACCCACACCCACACCCACAGCAGUACAUUCAAUUGGUACAGCCACAGCAAGUACAAGGAUUACCGAGUACCUAUAGCAAUGCUUGUUAUCCAUACCCAGCAAAAACCCAAUAUCCAAUGGCGCCACAGCCGGUCCAAUUUCAAAAUGGGCUUGCUCCAUAUAUGGCUACACCUUAUACUUACUUUAUUCCAUCUCAAAGCUCUGGGGUCAUGUUUUUUAACAAUGGGCAGGUUGCUCCUGCUAAACCACCUUAUAACGUUGCUAAGGGGACUAACAGAGGCAACUGA